AUGUACCGAAUGAAGAUAAAGGUCCAGACGCAUCCGCUUAACACGCGUGUCACCCGAUUGCUUCUGGCGGCGACCUCCCUGUUUACGACUGUCAUCGUUGGCUUCAAGCUGUACCGCAUAGCGUUCCCGCACGGUGAGAUCAAGGAACGAGAGCUGUCCGGAUGGUUCGAGCAGGACCCCUUCGUACCUGACAGGCUUCCAAAUGACCUCGUGCCCGACAUGUACACCCUCUCGAUCAACGCCACCAACGUCACUUUCAGCGGGAACAUCACCAUCAAGGUCAUCUGUAAGAGAAACACCUCGUACCUCCUGCUGCACGCGGCUCCCAGCCUGCAAAUCUCGUCUGUCCAAGUCGAGGAUCGCACGGAGCCAAACUUCACGGUGAAGGUGUUCGACCGCCUACGCAGCAACGACAUGCUCAUCGUCAAGACUACGGGCAGGCAGUUCAUACCAGCGCGAACUUACAUGGUGGCGAUAUCCUUCGAGGGAAAGACGCUGCGCUAUCCCGAACAUAAAACUGGUCUGGUGUGGCUACAGCAACCUGGCGGUUACGAGAGCAUCAUGUUCCUCAACGAAGGUCGGGCCGCGCGCCGAGUGUUUCCCUCGUUCAACAGGCACAGCUCCCGCGCCGGCUUUAAACUGGACGGCCUCGUGCGGCGUGGCAUGGUGCUAUGCAGCAGCCAGCGUCCCAUCAAAGACCAGGACGACGAGCUGGUCGAAGACCGCGGCGGCCCGAGGGACGUGUUCCGCGUGCGCUUCCGAACCAUCGACGCCAUCACGAGCGACCGGCUCAGCUGGUUCCAGACCAACCUCGCCAACAGCGCCCUGGGCUCGGACGUCGUCAUGUGGAACACCGAGGAACGCCUGAGUUUGAUGACCGAGCCGCUGAAAGUUUUCGAGACGUCGCUGGCAGCAGUGACCCGCCGCUACCCGUCUCUGACAAUCCCCAAGCGCAUUCACGUGGUGCACCUGCCGGACUUCAACCAGACAAUGAUUUGCUGGGGCAUUAUCUACUCGUCGCGCUUCGAAGCCAACACUGAACACCUGGAAGAACGCCUUAAGCUAGCGUGGAGGCUUCGGUUCCAGUUCCAGGUCGCCACUAUCCUGGCCAGUUUCACCUUCGGCCACACCGUCACACCCCGCUGGGCCAAUGACGUGUGGUUCUUCGCAGGCUUGUCAGCGGCGGUAGCGUACGACUCCAUGGAGGUUCAAGAGUCGUUCGGGCAACACAAGGCUUGGCUUGUCAGCUACCGUCACCGAUCCUUCAAUUCCUGGGAUGCGAUGAACAAGCUGACUCCGGACACGUUCGACUCCUCCGGAGGCAGGGACCCUGCAAUGCUCUCCAGGGCUUUCCUGCUUUUCCUGCUCUACAAGGAUUGCCUCCUCGGAAGGAAGAAGUUCGUAGAGCAGGUUCGUGACUUCAUCAGCCAGUACAAGUUCACGACGACAAAUUCGGAUAGCGCCGUCGACAUCCUGACGGGCAAGUCCACGUACCAAAAAAACUAUUUCGGCACCUGGGCCAACAAGCCGAGUCACCCGGUGGUCAUUGUGCAGGCGGCGCCAGGUGACCGCCUCUGCGGACGUGAGGGACCUAUCCGGGAGUGGAUAUUUCCGGCGUCCUAA